UCAGAGCAACCAGCGUCGAAACCUAGCCAGCCUAGGUUCAGGGCUCAUACGGGUCCAGAUCUUCAGUGGCCUGGGUUCCUUCGCUUCCCCAGCCAGUCGUGACCACACUGGAGCAGCCAGGCAGAAAAGACAGACUUGGCACCUCCAAGAAAGCAGCAAGCUGCGAGCUGCCUUUCCGAGCUUUCCUUCUCUUUGGGGAUAAGUUCCAGAUUCCACCACCAGGUGGCAGCUCGCACACAUAAAGUGACCGAUUAGAGGGAUUCCUUUGAGUAAACUUGGAAGACUCGAGCUGAGCGAUCUGUAGCGCAGACAGAUCCUGGACUACAAGUCCCAGCCCGCGUCUCUGAGCGCCUGACUGCUCAGCGCGAAGAUUUCCAUUUCGUUUCUGCUUCGCACCAGAAGACGGUCCACCGCAGGCAGUUUGCACUGUUUCCCUGAGGAAAUCAAUUUGGCCUGAGGGCUGCUGGGCUGAGAUCCCCAUGGGCAGACUCGACGGCAAAGUCAUUGUCCUAACUGCAGCCGCACAGGGCAUUGGCCGUGCAGCAGCCCUGGCUUUUGCAAAAGAAGGGGCCAAAGUCAUAGCCACGGAUAUCAACAAGUCCAAACUCCAGGAGCUGGAAGAGCGCCCUGGUAUUCAAAUCCGCGUCCUUGAUGUCACAAAGAAGAAGCAAAUCGAUCAGUUCGCCAGGGAAGUGGAACGAAUUGAUGUUCUUUGUAACGUUGCUGGGUUUGUCCACCAUGGAACCAUCUUGGACUGCGAGGAGACAGACUGGGACUUCUCCAUGAACCUCAACGUGCGCAGCAUGUUCCUGAUGACCAAGGCGUUCCUGCCCAAGAUGCUUGCUCAGAAAUCUGGCAACAUUAUCAACAUGUCCUCAGUGGCCUCCAGCAUCAAAGGCGUGGAGAACCGGUGUGUGUACAGUGCCUCCAAGGCGGCAGUGAUCGGCCUCACGAAGUCGGUGGCCGCAGACUUCAUCCAGCAGGGCAUCAGGUGCAACUGUGUGUGUCCUGGAACUGUUGAUACCCCAUCUCUGCAAGAAAGAAUACAAGCCAGAGAAGAUCCACAGGAGGCCCUGAAGGAUUUCCUGAAGAGACAAAAAACAGGAAGAUUUGCUACAGCGGAAGAAGUGGCUCUGCUCUGUGUGUACCUGGCUUCUGACGAGUCAGCCUAUGUGACCGGCCACCCGAUGGUCAUCGACGGAGGCUGGAGCUUGUAACCCCAGAUGCCCCUACAAGAAGGCAGGCCCUUCCUCCUCACCACUGAGCACCUGGGUGUGAAGAAAACCCUUAGGGUUCUCGCUCCUGCAUAUGACAUCCCUGAAAACAAGCCCUCAUAGUGAUGUUCAGAGUCUGAGUCAUUAAAGACAUUCAUCUCUUCGGACUCUCUCCUGAAAUCAUGCUCAGUAAAUCAAAUAAAAAAAUAUUAAAAUUGUU